GGCAGGCAUGGGCCCAGAUUCCGACAUACAGACCAUUGUAGUCGUUGGUCUUGGUAUGGUAGGAAUUGCUUUCAUUGGGAAACUCUUGUCUCUAGACACGAGCCGGCGGUAUCGCAUUGUUACAUGUGGCGAGGAAGUCCAUCUGGCCUACAAUAGAGUUGCGCUCACCGACUACUUUCAGCACCGAAAUGUUGAGAAGCUUUACUUGGAGUCACCGGAUUGGUACGAAAACCAAGAUCCGGCCCACUUUGAGUUCUACACUGGCGAGACAGUCGUAGCCCUCGACACUACCGCUCGUACUGUUACGACGGAUACAGGCCGUUCAAUCGCUUAUGAUCACUGUGUGCUUGCGACAGGCUCUGACGCUACCCUUCCGAGCUAUGCAGACACCGCUAUUCCAGGCGUAUUCGUGUACCGCAACAUCACUGACGUUAACAAGCUCCUCGCUUAUGCGGAGAAGGAGGAUAUGAAGGACGCUUCGGUUGUCGUGCUCGGAGGGGGGCUCCUUGGCCUUGAAGCUGCGAAAGCCGUGCACGACCUCCCUACUAUCUCAGAUGUUACGAUUGUCCACCGCUCCGCCUACCCACUCUCGCGCCAGCUCGACGCACAAGGAGGGGAGAUCGUCCUCCGGCGGAUCGAGGGCAUGGGCGUACGUUUUCUCGGCAGCACCUCCGCCACCCGUCUCAUAUCCGACUCCUCCACCGGUGCACUCACUGGACUUGAGCUUAUGGAUGGCACUGUACUUCCGUGCACGAUCGCUGUAUUCGCAAUCGGGAUAACCCCUCGCGAUGACUUGGCCCGCAAGGCUGGAUUAGCGUGCGUAGAGCGCGGCGGCAUCGUCGUGGACGACCGGCUGAGGACGAGCGCCGAGGAUGUCUACGCGAUUGGGGAGUGUGCGAGUUGGAAGGGGAAUACAUAUGGGCUGAUUGCUCCAGGGAUAGAGAUGGCAGAGAUCUUGGCAUUCAACUUCACACAGGCCAAGACAGACGUUGGAGAAUUCAAGCCGAGGGAGAUGAACAACCCAGAUUUGUCGACGAAGUUGAAGCUCAUGGGUGUCGACGUGGCCUCCUUUGGGGACUUCUUCGUCGAGCAGCGCGUCAACGCCAAGAGCUCCACGACCCACUCUCAUGUUGGCCAGAUAUCUCCUAGUGUCAAUAGCUCAAGCAGGCACGACGCGUCCGCCCCGAAGAAGCGACACGGCGGCGCUGCCGCAGGCGAUGGUCCAGUCGAAGCAUUGACAUACCGAGAUCCGUUCGUAGGAGUGUAUAAGAGGUACAUAUUCAGUGCUGACGGGAGGUAUAUUCUUGGUGGAAUGAUGGUCGGCGACACAUCCGAUUAUGUCAAGCUCGUCGCGCUUGUCAAGAAGAAGAAGCCAUUGGAAAUUCCUCCGUCUCAGUUCAUUCUGGGUUCCCGCUCUGGUCGCGAAGAUGCUGGGGAUGAUCUUGACGAAGACGCGCAAAUAUGCAGCUGUCAUAAUGUCUCUAAGGGCCAAAUCGUACAAUGCAUCAAGGACGGGGCACAGGGCAUAGCAGACGUCAAGACAAGGACGAAAGCUGGGUCGGGCUGCGGAGGAUGUGUGCCACUCAUGACCAACAUUGUGAAGGCUGAGAUGAAAAAGGCGGGGAUCGCCGUCAGCAACAACUUGUGUCCCCACUUCGCUAUGUCUCGAGUCGACCUCUUCAACGUCGUCAAAAUCAAGAAGUUGAAAACGAUGACUGAGAUUAUGGCGGCAGUCGGUGUCAAACCGGACUCCGUCGGUUGCGAGACGUGCAAGCCUGCCGUCGGCAGUAUAUUGUCUUCACUAUGGAACGAACAUAUCUUUGAUCCGGCCCAUAACUCCAACCAGGAUACGAACGAUCGGUUCCUCGCUAACAUCCAACGGAACGGAACGUUUUCCGUCGUGCCUCGCGUUGCCGCGGGAGAAAUCACUCCCGAUAAACUCGUCAUACUCGGCCAGACUGCUAAGAAAUAUGGGCUUUAUACCAAGAUCACCGGAGGGCAGCGUAUAGACCUCUUCGGCGCGGAGCGCGCAGACCUUCCCUCCAUAUGGAAAGAGCUAGUCGAUGCUGGCUUCGAAAGCGGCCAUGCUUAUGGCAAGGCGCUCAGGACUGUCAAGUCCUGCGUGGGGACGUCAUGGUGCCGCUACGGGAUUGGCGACGCUGUUGGUAUGGCUAUUCGGCUCGAGGAGCGCUACAAGGGUAUCCGCUCGCCACACAAGUUCAAAGGUGGAGUCAGCGGGUGCGUGCGCGAGUGCGCCGAAGCACAAAGCAAGGACUUUGGCCUGAUCGCCACGGACAAGGGAUGGAAUGUGUUUGUUUGCGGGAAUGGAGGCGCAAAUCCGCGUCACGCUACUCUCCUCGCUUCUGAUGUGCCGCCGUCGCGGGUCGUGCAGAUCAUCGACAGGUUCAUCAUGUACUACAUCCGAACCGCUGACAAGCUCAUGCGCACGGCGCGUUGGCUAGAGUCUAUGGAAGGCGGAAUCGAGGUGGGCGUGAAACUGCGAAAAGUGAUUUUAGACGAUGAGCUUGGCAUCUGCGAGGACCUUGAGCGUGAAAUGGACGGAUUAGUGGGAUCGUACUUCGAUGAAUGGAAAUCGGUCGUCGACAGCCCUGAGCAACAGAAGCGCUUCCGUCAGUUCGUCAAUACUAAUGAGCGCGUAGAUCCCAUGGAGAAGAUUGUGGAACGCGGGCAAAUGCGUCCCGCGAACUGGAGCAAGACAACCCCAUCGCUGAUACUUCGCCAGUCCGAUAUUCCAACGCCCAAGGAUCAAUGGAUGUGGAGGACGGUCGCGAAGGUGCAGGAUCUCAUUCUCAACGAAGGUGAUACCACAUCUGCAGCCGUGAGGUAUGGAGACAGCCAGAUCGCCAUCUACCACGUAUUGCAUAAGGGGUACUUCGCCACUCAGCAGAUGUGCCCACAUCGUCGCGCCUUUGUCCUUGACCACGGUAUUGUUGGCGACGACCCUGGCUCCAACGCACUCUACAUUUCAUGCCCGAUGCACAAGCGGAAUUUCAGCCUCACCUCCGGCGAGUGUCUGAAUGAUAGUUCCUACGGCAUCAUCGUAUUCGACGUGAAGACCGAAGGCGAUGAUAUCCUCCUGCUCCUACCUGAGCCUGACGAUCUGAACGGGGUGAUUGGAACAGCGAAGUGGAUGGUGAGUCAAGCGACGGCCGAGUUGCUUGACAGGACCAGUGCUACCGGUGGGGAGAACACUCUGGAAAUUGCUGGACCUACGAAUGACGUGCUGCAGGGCGUGAGUGAGAAUGUAGCAGGCGGAGGAUGCUCUAGUGGAUCAUACGGUGACAGUAAGCUCGAUUGGUGA